GGCGCUCGGCCUCCUGCUGCUGGGGACGCUGCUGCGCCCGGCCGACGCCUGCAGCUGCUCCCCGGUGCACCCGCAACAGGCGUUUUGCAAUGCAGACGUAGUGAUAAGGGCGAAAGCCGUCAGUGUGAAGGAGGUGGACUCCGGGAAUGACAUCUACGGCAACCCCAUCAAGCGGAUUCAGUAUGAGAUCAAGCAGAUAAAGAUGUUCAAAGGCCCUGACAAGGAUAUAGAGUUUAUCUACACGGCUCCUUCCUCCGCCGUAUGUGGGGUCUCACUGGACGUCGGAGGAAAGAAGGAAUAUCUCAUUGCAGGAAAGGCCGAGGGGAAUGGCAAGAUGCACAUCACCCUGUGUGACUUCAUUGUGCCCUGGGACACCCUGAGCACCACCCAGAAGAAGAGCCUGAACCACAGGUACCAGAUGGGCUGUGAGUGCAAGAUCACGCGCUGCCCCAUGAUCCCGUGCUACAUCUCGUCUCCAGACGAGUGCCUCUGGAUGGACUGGGUCACGGAGAAGAACAUCAACGGGCAUCAGGCCAAGUUCUUCGCCUGCAUCAAGAGAAGCGACGGCUCCUGUGCGUGGUACCGCGGAGCGGCACCCCCCAAGCAGGAGUUUCUCGAUAUUGAGGACCCGUAAGCAGGCCAACAGCACCCCUUUGGCCAACGGAAAAGCCUCCAAGAGUUUAGACUGGUCCAGCUCUGACAUCCCUUCCCGGAAACAGCAUGAAUAAAACAGUCAUCCAAGUGGGUCUAAAUUAGCGUGAGUCUCCUCCCACCCCCAUUUCCCUUUUAAACGUGGUCGUGGUCCCACACCCCAUCCGCCAGCCUGGGAAUCCUUGGGUGCGGGCAGGGGUGGGAUGCAUGGGCCCGGCCCCAGCCCUGGCACCGUCACAAACGCUGAGCAGGCGGCCCGUACGUAGGAGUCCCCCAGGCCUGGUCAGGGCAGAGCCUGGAAAUGUGCAUUUUGCAGAAACUUUUGAGGGUCGUUGCAAGACUGUGUAGCAGGCCUACCAGGUCCCUUUCACCUCGAGAGGGGCAUGUCCCUCAUUUCCUGCACCUUCCACGCCUCUGGCCCUACGGUGGCCGUCCCCGCCCCUUGCAGGUGCCCCUGUCUCCUCGGUGCCCACCAUGGACUCCUAGUACCUGUGACUCCCAUAAAUUCAGAAGCAGCCCUGGACCAGUGGCUCGCUCUCGAAGGAGCCCCAGUUAAUCCUGCUAAUCCGCAGACUCGCAGUGGGAGCCACGCUCCAGGGCCUUGUACGAUGCGGGUGACAAGCUUCAGCUUCGGCCAAGUCCUUUUCAGUCCCCCUACCACACACCCCGACUCUGGGGGAGCCCGUGGCAUUCCGCCCCAAGGGCAGACGUUUGGGGGGACACUUGGCUCCCCUUGCCGUUUCUUCCCAGGCUUCUGAAAUCAGUCUGGCUUCCUCCUCCUCCUCCUCCUCCUGGCAUCAGGCAUCCAGCUGAGUUGCACACGUUGGCUUUGCAAGGGGUUGCGCGUGGCCGGUGGCACAGGCUGGUUGUGCUCUGUUUGCACAUCCCGAGGACAUCGAAAACCGGGUUCUGCUGUGCCCCCCAGCGCACCUCAGAGCCCCUCCUGAGCAGGUGCCGUAGCUUUACCGUGACACCCCCCUCCCCCCCGCAAAGACGGACAGUCGCUGCGCUGGGCAUGGAUUUCUGGCAAUGAAGUUAGCUGGGCGUGUUGUGAAGUCUUACCCGGGAAGAGAGAAACUGGGGAGUUAGGUGGGUUCGGUGAAUUUCUUCCUGGGCCUCUGGGAUGCUGUGGCCAACAUCUCAUUUUUCUAAAGAUCAAUUCUCAGAUAAUCUGUGAACCCAAAUCCCAGCUGUACCAGCCUCCACUUAGAUUUGUCAUAUUCGAUCUCUCGGUCAAAAAACGUCCUAGGGGACUAGAGAACCUGUUCCCUGAGCACGGCUUUCUGCGGCCAGUAAAAAGGGGAUUAAUGCAAGCAGAAAUCUCUCAGUAACAAAAAGUCAUCUUUUUCUUCCUACUUGUAUAUGGUAUAAACCGUUCUGAAUUUUUCACGCCAAUUAGGCAAACGUACAUGGACACGAGCACAUGCACGAACACACACAUGCAUGGAGACCCAAGUGUGUCAGCCUGUGAGUGGUCCUCCUGCAGAAUGCUUCCAGAGUCACCACGUUCUAAGCAUUGCUGUACUCUGCGGUGACCCCAAACCACCCGUAAGACUCCUGACCCCCACGUGGCGGGUAGCCCCCCAUGCCUGCCAGGACCUGGUCAGCAUAGAUUUCGAUGACUUCCCUUUCUAGGGCAGACUAGGGGAAUAGCCAGGAAACAGCCCCCGCGUUAAGGGUGCUUUCAUGCUGUACAGUGAUAGAAAGUUUGUAAGAUGUCAUAAUGGACCAGUCCAUGUGAUUUCAGUAUAUACAAGAACACCAGACCCCUCCAAUCAAUAUAACACCCCACCCGUUUGCCUCCUGUAUGGUGUUAUCAUAUGUAACAUUUACUCCUGUUUCUGCUGAUUUUUUAAGUGUUUUGGUUUGUUUCUGACAUCAGCUGUAAUCAUUCCUGUGCUGUGUUUUUUAUUACCCUUGGUAGGUGUUAGACUUGCACUUUUUUUUUUUAAGGUUUCUGCAUCGUGGAAGCUUUUGACCCUGAAUGGAAAGCAUGGCAUGGUAGCUAGCCUAUGAUGGUGCAUUCCUUCAGAUCUUUUCUUUCCUUCUUAGAGUAUGGUUGCUUUUUCCAUCUGCUACCUUUUGUUCUCUGGCUCAAAUGAUUACAAAGUAAAGGAUCUUUGAGUUGGUUGGUUCUAAAAGAUGGCCUUUAUACUCAAUCCACACACAUUGGUCUUCUAGCCAUGCUGAGCAGAAAACAAAAACAGAAACAAAAAAUUCAAGAUGAAGUGCCCGGUGGCAGGCAAGAGACAGAGCCACCCAGAUACCAUCAGAGUCAACAAUUGCAACGUGCACGUAGUUGAAGAAGGCUCUCCAUUCAGCAUUGUUUAAUUUAUAUGUUAUGUUCUAUGCACUGCUCAUUCCUCCUUCCAUUCUUGUCUUCAUGCAAGCAACUCAAAAUAUUUAAAAUGAAGUUUACAUUGUAGUUAUUUUCAAACCUUUGCUUGAUAAGUAUUAAGAAAUAUCGGACUUGCUGCCAUAAUUUAAAGCUUUGUUUGAUUGUGUUUGUUUUUGCUUGUUUUUUGGGUUUUUUUUUUUUUUUAAACUUUUGGGCAAUGUGUUUUUGCUGGAAUAUGAAGUCUGAGACCUUCCUGUGCUGGGAACACGUGAGAGCUGUUGAACGUUGACAAGCAGACUGCGCAUGUUUCCGAUGCUUUGUAUCAUUCUUGAGUGAUCGCUCGGUCAAUGGACAAUAAACAGUAUUAUCAAGAA